AUGUUCACCGGAUUGUUUUUCUGCUUUACAGAAUUAUUAGACAACCAUCAAACAUUAGAAAAGAAACCUGACAUCUUUUCAUUAGAACAUCAAGUCAUACAUGAAAAUUUACAUUCAACUUUUGAUGAAUAUUACAGCUCUCAUGAAGGGUGCAACACAGUAGAAAUACAGCCAAACCAAAAAGUGAGAAUAGCAUUAGAACCAUAUUCUCGUCAAGCUGAUAUUUUUUUACUUUUGUCAAAAGAUCAAUUUUACGAUGAUUCCGAUAUAUUAAUUCCAAAUAAAAAGGCUCCUGCACCACCAUACAUCAUUGUAAAAGGGAAAGAAGUUCCAACUAUAUUUGAGUUUUUCCUUUGGAGUGGUAUUAGUGAAAAUUAUGUUAUAAUAUAUAAUUAUGUUGACAAACGGAUUGUUAUUGAUGAGUUUACACGAGUGCAUAGUAGAUACGAUCGUGAUGUUGAUGUUUUUUACAUAUAUUCAAGUAAUGAAACAAAAUUUGUUAAAAUUAGAACAGCAAACGGCAAAGAAAAUUUAUUAGAGAUCGAAGGAUAUUCAUCAAGGAUAAGAUAUGAGAGAUGUGAAAAAUUUUAUAUUCAUACGGAGCUUCAUGAUUACAUCAUAAUUGAAAAUGAUGAGGAAAAACUAAGUCAAAUAGAAGAAUUUAAACAAAAGGAAAGUCAUUUAUUAAAGUCAUUGUUUGUGACUUCGUUAACAGCUGAAUUAGAACCACAUUAUGAUAAUUAUGAUUAUAUACUUUGCUUACCAAAAAAUUUCAACAAUUUUACAAUCGAAGUUGGUAAAUUAUAUUGCAUAUCAUUAAGGACUGAAAAUUUCAAAUAUAUAUCAUUAUCAACUUAUUCAUUUUAUGACCAGGAAGGAAAUAGAAUACCUGACCAAUCAAAUGAAGUUAUGGAUUUAUAUAUCAAAGGAGUUGAAUCAACAAAAAUAUUUUAUUUUACUUAUUUCCAUAAUAAUAAUCCGUUUAUAAUGAUUUUCAAUGAUUUUGAUUCAGAUAUAUUUUUGUAUUCAGAUUUAAUCAAAAGUGAGACAUACUAUGAUAUACAUUUCUUUUAUAAUCAUGAAGACUCUGAUAUAUUCGAAGUAUCCGCAACAAAUGCAAUCGAAAAAUUUGGAUCUGGAACUAAAAUAGGACAAAAUUAUAUACAGCUCUUUGCUCCUCCAAAAGGUAAAAAAUCCAAAUCUAGUUAG